GCGGCCGGACGUGAGCUGCGGGUCGGGCGCUGCCGGAGCCGCUGCCCCAGCCCCGCUCCAGCCCCGCUCCAGUCCCGCACCAGUUCCGCACCAGUUCCGCACCAGUUCCCCACCAUGGUGGAUGCGUUCGUGGGCACCUGGAGGCUCGUGGAAACCACCAAUUUCGAUGAGUACAUGAAGGCGUUGGGCGUGGGCUUUGCCACGCGGCAGGUGGCCGGGUUCACCAAGCCCACCACCAUCAUUGAGCUGGAUGGGGACAAGGUGACAGUGAAGACCCAGAGCACCUUCAAGAACACGGAGAUCAGCUUCAAGCUGGGCGAGGAGUUCGAUGAGACCACAGCGGACGACAGGCACGUCAAGUCCUUGGUCACGCUGGAUGGAGGCAAACUGGUCCAUGUGCAGAAGUGGGAUGGGAAGGAGACAUCACUGGUGCGGGAGCUGAAGGACGGGAAGUUAAUCCUGACUCUCACCAUGGGCAAUGUCGUGUCCACCCGCACCUACGAGAAGGCCACAUAGAUGCCAUCCAUCCCCAGCUCCCUGUCACCUGGUGCCACAUUCACCCCCCCCAACACGCCUCAGCCCCACAGCGGGGUCCUGGAGCCUGUCACACCAUGGGGCCACCCGCUGCCCCCUUCCCCAUCGCUCGGGGGCUGCUGGGGCCGCUCUUGUGGGUCAGGCCUUUUAUUUUUUAUUGGUAAUGGGAAAAUGCCAUGUGAAGGAUGAAUAAAGGUCUCAUUGUUACA